GCAUCCACAAGGCUUCCACGGUAUCGAGCGUUACAUAGGAGUCGCCGAGGCUUCGUUGAAUUGAGUGGCUGUUUGGAUGCCCAUGAAUCGCUCAAAUGAUAACGUCUAUCAAGCCCCGUCUCACUCUACCAGCCCUUACAUGGAGGUUGGACCCGCCUUGCAGCAAGCUCUCAGACUAGCCAGGUGCCAGGCUUCUAAUCUCAAACAACGCAAGCUAGAAGAACUCCCGGCUGAGAACAAUGUCAUGGACAAGGACAUCACUCGCGAAGAGCAGCGCUUGCUCAGUGCUAAUGCGCAAGUUGUGAAGGCUUUGGAGCAUUUGUUCAGUUGGAGGUCUUAUGUGGCGUGCAUAACAGGCAUAAGGAUCGAACAUCGCGGACCAGUAAGCUUUCGUUUGUCGAAUCCUGGCGCUUUCAGCGCGUCAUGUAUCGCGUCUGGCUGUUGUCCUACUUGUAUGGGAUGGGAAGUGUCCCAGUCGUACCGAUUACCGAGAACUGCGAGUACUCAGAUCUUAUGGAAUAUCGAGCAAAACAGAAGGCUUUCUUGAAACAAUUCACGACG